GGACGUUCGAGUGUGUUAUGAAAUGAAGAUGAACCUGAUGAACUCUUUUCUGCGUUUGCAGGCAGGAAAGCGAGACGCUGGGAGGGACUGCAGUGCGUUCGCCGCAGCAGUACAGGAAGCUUGUGAAUGACUGCUGCUUCCCUGUCACAAGCUCUUCUGGACAUUUCAUAUGAAUGGCUCUUUUUUCGCUGCCUUAAUGUCAUGGGCUUCAUCCCGUUGGCUGCUUUUUAAUGAGGCUCGGAGAUCUGACAUCACUGUUUACGGUUGUAUCCCCGCCGAAUCCGGAUGGCAUUUAAGUGAGAUGGAAUCUUGACAUUGUGUGUUUGAGAGAGAUGUUUAAUUAUUCAACAAAGCUCAUUCAGGAGCAAAGCUCGGCUUGUUUUGCCUUCUGUAGGGGAAGAUAUUCGAGCGCUCGUGUGGAUGGAUUUAUGCCGAUGUUUCAUAGUGUCUAAGGAAGAACGAACGUGACGAACAAAGAGAUUUAAAUUUGAGCACAUUUUUAACUCGCGGUUAACAAUGGCGACAUGUGAGCUAGUUGCGAACGAAAGGUGAACGCUGCUAAAUAUUUGUACUUGUAGUGUCAUUUCAGUAAUUUCAGCUUGUUCUUUAUUUCUCAAUCUUUUCAGCAGAGCGCCUUUCUUCUGAAUUGAAGUCCACCAAGAUUGUAUGUACUGAGAAUUAGUCAUCACCAUGCACACAGCGACUUGAGUUUCAAUCUUUGUGGCGUACAUGUGAUCAAGCAACAUGCACAGUACUCCAGUAUGGUUUUUGCAUUGAAUUACGUCGUUGGAUUAUGUUGCUGACUCUUUUUGCGUUUUUUUGAUCGGUUUGAUUCGUUCGUUUUGACUGAAGUGUUCAACACUGAGCUCUUUAUCGUCGUAUUUAUCUGGACUGAAUUAAAGCAGGAGGCGUUCCUAUGAACAGUGCAAAUUUUGCAAAUUGAUUGGUUCUACCAAGCUGUAAGUGGGAGUUUUUUUUUGUAACAGAAAGUGCUCUGCAGUGUUGAGUGAGUCUUUUGUAGAGAAGGGUCUCUCUCUCUCUCUCUUUCUCUCUCUCUCUCUCUCUCGUUCUCUUUCUCUCUCUCUCUCCGAGUGAGUCAUGCAUGUUCAGGGAUCUGCCAGGAUGCGGGGAGAGAGAGAGACAUCUCUUCACUAGAGAUCUGUCUCUCUCUCUGCCAUCUCUGGCCCUCUGUAGAAGAGCGACCUCGCUGCUUUUUUCUCAUCGUCCUCUGUCUCCAUGGAUUCCGCGUUUUGUGGUUUAUUUUUGGUCCCUGAGUUGCUGCUGUGCGGCGUCGGAUUUUCCUGACGGCCGCUUGCUUCCUUUCUCCAAACCUUCGAGGACGCUUUCACUGCUCCAGCAUGCAAAAGAAGUGGACGGUCAGCUGGGAGUUGGAUGUGUCCAUUCGUGUGUAGGCUGGCAUACCGAGGGGAAUGCUUCACCGUGCUAAAUACAACCGAUUCCGGAAUGAGUCAGUGACAUCCGUCGAUGAGCUUCUGCACGGUCUCUCCAUGAACGCCAAGGUCUCGGCCGUCCCGCCGUCACCGCCCGUGGGCGACCCUCCGUACGCCCCGCCAGCAGACCCUGACCCCGCUGAAGAGUCUGGCACCUUGUGCACCCUCAUCAACAAAGUCUCCAACCUCAAAUUCACCAACUCCUCUGGACUUCUAGGCAUUAAGGGCCUGCCGUCCGCUGUCAAAGACCUGGCCGUGUCUAAGCUCCAGGGAGGAGCGGCAGCUGGCGCUUCCAGCAGCCCCGCUUCAUCCACCCUCUCUGCGGCCUCCGGAGCCCCGCACGCCCUGCUGGAACCCAGCUCCACGAGUUCGGGGAAGAAGGGCCGGAUGGAAGAAUCUCAACCUAGUGGAGAGGGAUGGAGCCUGGGCGGGACGGGGGCCGCAGGUUGUGGAGGGCUGGUGAAUAAGCCGUCUCAUGGAUGGCUACACUCCAGCGAAAAAAUCUCUGGACCUGGAGUGACGUAUGUCGUUAAGUAUUUGGGCUGCAUCGAGGUUCUUCGCUCAAUGAGAUCUCUGGACUUCACCACACGAUCACAGAUCACACGGGAGGCGAUCAGUCUGGUGUGUGAAUCCGUUCCUGGUGCCAAAGGAGCUCUGCGCAAAAGAAAGACUCCGUCCAAACUCCUCUCCAGUAUUUUGGGCAAGAGUAACCUGCAGUUCGCUGGCAUGAGCAUCAACCUCAACAUCUCCACCAGCAGUUUAAACCUGAUGACACCCGACUCCAAACAGAUAAUAGCCAAUCAUCACAUGCAGUCCAUAUCCUUUGCCUCCGGUGGAGAUCCGGACACAACUGAUUACGUUGCUUAUGUGGCGAAGGAUCCUGUUAACCGGAGAGCCUGUCAUAUUCUGGAGUGCUCUGACGGUCUGGCCCAGGAUGUGAUCAGUACAAUCGGUCAGGCGUUUGACCUGCGCUUUCAGCUCUACCUGCAGUGCCCCUCCAGCAAACCCUCGUCCAUUCACGACAGGGUCAUGAGCACAGACGAGCCGCCCUGGAUGGAGGAAGGAGACGAGACCGCAGAUCAUCACUAUUAUAACAGCAUCCCUGGAAAAAUGCCUCCGCCUGGAGGAUUCAUCGACGCCAGACUGACCAGUCAGACGCAAGACAGCAGUCAGGGUGCAGGAGUGGAUCAGACUUACUACCAGGGCCGACCCAUGUUCAUCCAGCAAGGGUCAUGUGACAUCUACAGUCUCCCUGAGGUCAAAGCUCAGGCUCCUAAAGCUGGAGAAGUGCCCACGUAUGUGAACACGCAGCAUAUCGACACGCAGGUUUUGGCAGCCCUGCAGGCAGAGACGGAGACGCCUGCUGAUUCGAGCACGACUGGGGCUCCUAAAGACAGCCCGAGGAAAGACCUCUUCGACAUGAAGCCGUUUGAGGACGCCAUCAUGACCCAGACUCCUGCAGCAUCAGAGCUUCAUAAAGCGGCAUCGGUGGAUAACUCCAGUCCUCUGCUGAUGCGAGCCGCUGCUCUGCGCGCCCAUGAGGAGCUGGAGGACCAACGCUGGUACCAUGGAGAGAUGAGUCGCCGGCAGGCCGAGAAACUGCUGCUGCACGACGGAGACUUCCUGGUGCGCAAGAGCACCACAAACCCGGGCUCGUACGUCCUGACGGGGAUGCACAACGGCCUCGCCAAACACCUGCUGCUGGUCGACCCCGAGGGCACGGUCCGGACGAAGGAUCACAUAUUCGAGAGCAUAAGCCACCUGAUUGGCCAUCACCGUGACAACAACCUGCCAAUCGUGUCUGCGGGCAGUGAACUGUGUUUGAAGCAGCCGGUGGACAGAAAACAGUGACGAAAACUGGUGCCGCUCUUUACCAAAACACACACACACACACACACCGCUCUGGUGACUUUCCGUCCCAAGAACACGAGACGGAGGGAUUACUUUCAGAUGGACGAUUCGAGAGCGCCGAUUUAUAGGAACUGAUACACUUAUUUUAUCGCUCGGGUUGAGAAUCUAUAUUUUUGAAGAUGCCUGCCUGGUGGAUUUAAGUUCGGGAAGAGAGACGAAAACUAGAUAAAAGUAUUUUAGAAUAAAUAAUGAUAAUUAAAAAAAAAAAUUAAAAGUUUUAGUUUUGUCUAUCAAGCACAACCGGGGUUUUCAUGUUCGUCGGUAAGCGCUAUAAGAAAGAAAGGAAAUAUUUGUUGAUUAAAAAAAAAAACUACCGCAGUUUCUAUAUAUUGACCUAUGUUAGGAGUUUACCGCAGCUAGUGCGCGAAAUCAUUCGAUAGCUUCACCGCUUUGAAGGAUGAUGAAUGUGUUUGCUUUCACAGAACACACACACACACACAUGCUGCACGUUCACACACACAGCUUUAAAAGUACCUACGUUUUUUUUUCUAUGACGUUGAAACCUGUGGCACUCGCAUGACUUAAACUCUUACUUGUAUUGUGGUCAUUGUUGGUAGCAUCCAGAGCCCCGGCGAGGAGCUUUUCGUGUGCUGACAAUGUUAAAUAUUUCUGCUCUGUUUUUUUUCUCCCCCUUCAGUAUUUCCUUGAGUUUAGCUCUUCUUUACACGUGUCAGAAGGUGUGUAGUUUGCUCGCUUUGGGGCUUUACUUUAUACCUUGGAUGUUUUCUAUCAGCUCUGAUCGACAGACGGAGACGCUGCUCUUCUUCUUUUUCCAUUAAACGGUGAAUAGCACAAUCCACGCUUCUCUUUCUCUGCUGCGUUUCUCUGGAUCCACUGGAAUAUUGCUGGAUUUGUCACAGUUUUAGACACGUGCUUUAAAGAUACCAGUCACUUUUAUUGCACCGUAAAUACACACUCUUGUUUUGUGGCGUUUUGUUUAAAUCCACAUUUCAGAUCAAUGAAAUUUGCAUUCGGAUCAUAAACAGCGAGAUAUGGUUCGUUUUGGUCUUAUUUGGCUGUCAUAAGGGUGAAUCUCAUCACAAUUACUACUCUAAAAUCCAAUAUAAUAUAUAAAUAUACUGUUGAAGUCAGAAUUAUUAGCCCUCCUGAAUGAUUAGCCCUCCUGUUUAUUUUAACGAAGAGAAGAUUUUUUUCAACACAUUUCUAAAUAGUCUUAAUAACUCAUUUAUAAUAACUCAUUUCUUUUAUGUUUGUCAUGAUGACAGCACAUAAUAUUUGACUUGAUAUUUUUCAAGAUACUAGUAUUCAGCCUAUAGUGACAUUUGAAGGCUUAACUAGGUUAAUUAGGCAAGUUAGUGUACAUAGGCAAGUCAUGGUCAGUGUUGCCAGAUAUAGCUGACUUUUUCCAGCCCAAAAGCUGUCCAAAACCCACCCAAACGCACAAAAAACGCUCACAAUAUCAGAUUAUUAUUUAAUUAUUAUUUAAUUUGUAUUUAUUUUAAUUGAAAUUAACCUAGUUACUUUAACUGUCAUCAUUUUUAACCAUACAGCAACCAACACCUGCAGUCACAGAGCCACGACAUAACCGGAUCACAUCGAAACACUGCCCCCUCUCACCAACACACUGCACUUAUUGUUGUGUAGAUUACACUACCUAUUAGAGCAGUGGUUCUAAACUGGUUUGGCCAUGGGACCCACAUUUUUACAUGGUCAUCAAGCCGCGACCCAAAUUUUUAGAAACUAUAAUAUAAUUUUAGGAAUUAAAAUUAAUUUGUAUUUAUUUGUUAACAUACACAAGUAGUGACAGAUAAAUCAUAAGAAAAUCCCCAAGACUUACAAAUAAACAAUAUUUUAUUGCUGUCAUUUAACAAAAUGUAUUAAAUUAUAGAAAUAUUACAAAGUAAAAACGUCAAAUACUGUAAACAGAGGUUAGGGUAAGGAAAGGUUCAGUUAACAUGAACUGAACUGUUAAUAAAACAGUAACACUGAUCCUGUUGAACAGAACAAACCAACAACAUACAGAAAAAUGAUUCAAAUAAUCAGAACCAUUUUUAUAAUCACCAGUUAUUCGCUCUUCUGCUAUUGCGUGGGCUUUCUUGGCCUCUGCUACACGGUGAGCUACACAGUAAGAUGCGCGGAGUGCCUAUCCUUGUUUUGAACAUGAAGAUGUUAGGCACUUUUGUGAUGCCCUCAGCUCUUGGAGUCGU